AUGAGAUUAAUAGUUGCUAAUAAUUAAGACAGAUUCAGAUACAUACGUGGCAGCUUAGGGUUCACCCCAACUCCUAAAAAAACCCCUCCCCUCCCCCCUUCCCCUAUCACACUGCCAACAGCACACCAAACACAACACAACACAACACAACGCACCCUUCUAAGUGUUCUAAUCUUCACAACUCUUCUUCCCUCACACAACACACACCAAUUACAUGGUCCCACCGAAUCGGAGGCCAUGAACGGCGGCGGCACCGCCACCUUCCGAUCCAUCCUCGACAAACCCCUCAACCAGCUCACCGAGGAUGACAUUUCCCAACUCACCCGCGAAGACUGUCGUAGAUUCCUCAAAGAAAAAGGGAUGCGCAGGCCUUCCUGGAACAAAUCGCAGGCGAUCCAGCAGGUCAUUUCCCUCAAAGCUCUGCUCGAACCUGCCGACGACGAUUCCCCUGCAACCGCCACCGCCACGCACCACCACGACCAUGCCUCUCAGGGGAAUUUGAAUGAAGCUCCGGCGGCGAAAGUCCUGGCUGCUGAAGAGCCCGGUAUUCAUGUCGCGGAGGAGCUUCAGAAAUCUGGGUCGUCUGGGGAAAAACCUACGGAAACGAAUGAUACCAACGUUGUUAGCCCCAGAGGGUGUGCAACUAGCGGGUCAGGUGGGCAAAUGACAAUUUUCUACUGUGGUAAGGUGAAUGUCUAUGACGGAGUCUCACCUGAAAAGGCACGAACAAUCAUGCAGCUUGCAGCGAGUCCAGUCCAAUUUCCUCAGGAUGAUCCUUUAAGUAAAAAUGGAGCUGUUUGGACUUCUUUUUGCCACUUACCAACGGAUAAUGUCCUCAUCCCUAGUGAUACAACAAUCCUUCAGGUUGCUCAAGCAGAUAAGAUGGUGGAAUAUCCUCUGCAGUACAGGGAGAAAGGGAGCAAAGCUCGCGAUGCAGAUGUAGAGGGUCAGGCAAGCAGAAAAGUGUCAUUGCAGCGAUAUCGUGAAAAGAAAAAAGACAGGGGACGAUUGAAGGGCAGGAAAUUGACUGGGAUAAAUUCAUCUAACUUAGAGAUGUAUUUGAAUCUUCCAGUGAAGGUCAAUGCCUUGAAUGGGAAUUCAAGCCGUAGUAGCACUAGCUCUCCACCACAGCCUAGACUUCCUCUAGUUUCAAGUGGCUCAGCUGACAACCAGUUAAAAGUUUCCCUUCCCAUUGAUCUCAAUGACAAAGAUGUUCAAGAAUGCUAAAACUUGGAGAGUAGUAGAUUAUGCAGAUUUGGGACUCGGAUGAUUGAAGAGAUAUGAUCACGGUAUAACUGAAGAGAAGAGACCAUAGCCUCGAGGAGCCUAUUGCAAGAAUUGGGCUGCUUUUUAGACUGGUCAAUUUUAGUAAACUUUCACUGCCGGGCAAAUUUCUUCUGUUUAGGAUAGUCGAGUGUCCCUCUUACCUGAUCAAUUUUGUAAUAUCAUCUAUGUAAUUACAUCCUUCGGGAAUUUCUUGUUACUGAAGUUAAGGUUUUCUGAGUUAAAAUGUAGAGCCAGGAGCAGCCAUUUUCCCUGGAAUUAUAUGAUAUGUAAAUUCAUUGUGCUGCCUCUUGUUAAAUGU